AGAGAGAGAAAGCGUUCGGAAGGCGAAGCGAGAGCGAGACCAUCUGUGGGCGCGUGAAACCGAAGCCUUCUUAAGUAAGAAAGCGAAUGAAAGCACAAAAUUCCUUACUCCUUCGCUCUUCUUCUUCUUCUUCUUCUUCGAUUCCAUCAUUCUCUUUUCUAUUUGUAUUCCUCUUCCUCUUUCUGGCUCGACCAUCCCUGGCAGAUUGUUCUGAUUACGAUCGCCCUGAAAUGGCCACGGUUGGAGGUGUUCACGAUUCCCCAGGUGCUCAAAACAGCGCCGAGAUUGAAGGCCUUGCACGUUUCGCUGUUGAGGAGCACAACAAGAAAGAGAACGCACUACUGGAGUUUGCGAGGGUAGUGAAGGCACAGGAACAAGUUGUUGCUGGUACACUGCAUCAUCUUACUAUUGAGGCCGUUGAUGCUGGCAAGAGAAAGCUUUAUGAGGCCAAGAUCUGGGUGAAACCCUGGUUGAACUUCAAAGAACUUCAAGAGUUCAAACAUGCUGGUGAUGUUGCGGCAUUUACCAGUUCAGACCUUGGUGUCAAAACAGAUGGCCAUAAAACUGGAUGGCAAACAGUGCCAGCGCAUGAUCCUCAAGUUCAGGAUGCUGCAAAUCAUGCUGUCAAGACCCUCCAGCAAAGGUCUAACUCAUUACUGCCGUAUGAGCUUCAUGAGGUUGUUGAUGCAAAAGCCGAGGUCAUUGAUCAUUCUGCCAAGUUCAACUUGCUCCUGAAGGUCAAGAGAGGAGGCAAGGAAGAGAAGUUCAAGGCUGAGGUACACCAGAACAAUGAGGGUGGGUACCAUCUGAAUCAAAUGGAGCAAGAUCACUCUUGAUCUGAAGCUGAGUCUCCGGUAAUGAUGAGGGAUGUUUUUCUAUUCCUGCUUUUUAUCAGUUGUGUGUGGUGAUGUCGUAUACUUUAUAGAAGAAUCAAAACGUCCUUGGAUACCACUCUUAUGAUCUAUGUAUUAAUAAUAGUAUAAUAGUUCUUAUUGUGCUUUGCCAACUAAUUCUAGUUUCUUGGGUGUUUUAGUUCUUUGUACUAUCUGUUUCAGCAUUUUACUUUCAAAAUGUUCUUUUAUGUAUGAAAAGUUAUCGACCAAACGUUAGUAUAAAGACAAUUGGCUUCUCUCCACUA